AUGAGUCUCUUCUCGUCCUUUAUUAUCGAGCCCGUUGUGCGCCAUGCACGCCGCUUCUCAGGCGUUGGCGAGGCGAGCCAUGACGGAGCUCGGUCUCUGGCAUGUGACAAUCACGACUCUGCGUCUGCGGCAGUGCCACGGCGGGAGCACGCAACGGACGCGGGCUCCGUGAGCGCACGUGAAAGAAACAGCACCGAAGCACAUCACGGGCGGCCCACAGCGCUGGGCGACGGGUUCCGACGUUACUCGUCGUUCUCGCAGCGGCCUCGCAGCGCGGUUGUUGACGAGGAGCAGAGCCAUGACGAUCUGCCAAUAGACACCCCAGUCGACAUGUCCGCGAAUCCAUCCCGCACCCUCGCUGAUCAGUUCCGUCACCUCGAGGUCGACUCGGCACGCUCGACUGCGCCGUCGCCCUCGUCGCUCCGUCCCGCCAGCACCCCCAGCCAGCAUGCCAGCGCCAUGGCUGAGCUGCUCCCCGCUGACGAUGGCAUGGCCCAUCUCCGCGAGCGCAUCCACGAGAUCCGCGCCCUGAGCAUAUCCGACCAGGAGCGCGCCCGCAUGAUUCACAACCUCAUGACGGAGAAGUACAACCACAUGCGCCCGACGUCCCCCGCGAGCUUCAUCUCACACGACCGCCCCUUUACCCCGACCUCCGGCCAGUCCCUCUUCUCCGACGUCCAUGCGUCAUCGCCCUACUCGUCCACCACCGACGUGACCCCCGACAUCUCGUACAAUCUGCGCGAGGGCGACACGAACCCCACGUAUCGGCCCCAUCACGACCACGGCGCAGAGCACGGCGAAGACGACGAGGAGGACAGCGCCGAAGGGGAGCUUGUGCUCGGCUGCCAGCAUUACAAGCGCAACGUCAAAGUGCAAUGCUUCGAAUGCCGCCGCUGGUACACGUGCCGACACUGCCACGAUGCAGUCGAGGACCACAACCUGAACAGGAAGCUGACACAGAACAUGCUGUGUAUGGCAUGCGGUACGCCCCAACCAGCAGCCGAGGUGUGCAAGAACUGUGAGACGGAAGCCGCAUGCUACUAUUGUGACAUAUGCAAGCUCUGGGAUAACAACAGCAAGAAGAAGAUCUACCACUGCCCAGACUGUGGUAUCUGCCGGCGAGGAGAAGGUCUGGGCAAAGACUUCUAUCACUGCAAGUGGCAGAAGUUGACUCAAGCAAUUGAGGGUCAGCCCAUGCCAGAGCAGUUCGCAAACACGCGGGCAGUUGUCCAGUGCAACGACUGUUCAGCAAAAUCUUCUGUCAAAUAUCACUGGCUUGGCAACCAAUGCGGUACAUGCGACUCUUACAACACCAACGAGCUCCGCAUUCUGAACGGGCCAGAGAGUGAAGAAGCUGCCAAUGCGAUACUAGACGCCGACCUUGAUUCAGGCUCGAGAUCGCCUGUGAGCGUCAGCUCGCCCUCCUCCCAAGCACCACUUCGUUCGCCUCGGUACUAUUUCCAACCAGAUGAGCCUGAAGAGACAUGGCUACCAGGUCAGCUGCCCUCUUUCCCUUUCCAGAUGCCGCAGUUUCCUGGCAGACCGCGCAUGCCGCAGAUGCCUCAGAUGCCACAAUUUCCAUCUCUACCGCAGUUCCCACCGCUGCCAAACUUCCCGCAGAUACCGCAAUUUCCACAAAUGCCUCAGAUGCCUCAAAUGCCUGAUGCUGCACAGCAAAUGCUUGAACGCGUGCGCCAAUCCUUCGAUGCUUAUCUCAACCCGACGGGAGAUAUUCGAGCUGAAGAUGUGCCCUUCAUCGAUCUCAGCAACGACGACCGCGCCGAACGUCCCGCGACAGAUGGUACCACGGUUAAGGAACCGUCACUCCCGCAGUACGUUCUGGAGCGGUUCACGCAGUCGCUCGUGCGCUUCAGGAACGAUUUGAAUCCGGCUUUGUUCGAAGAUAUCCCGACAUUAGAUCUCUCGCAAGAUCGUGAUCCCGAAGGGUUGCAGUUCUGGGGUGAAGAUGGUGGGCGGCUGAAUCGCUUCGUUGCCGGCGAUGAAGACGAUGAGGACGACGAAGACGAGGAGAGUAGCAGCGAUGAAAGCGAACAUCAUGAAGAUGAAGACGACGAUGAGGAUGAUCUUGAUGUUACCAAAAAACGUGGUAAGGAAUUCGACCUGCCAGGUCAUGUGUAA